AUGUCUGUUGAAGAAGUUACUCAAAAAUUUGAAUCUGUUUCUGUCGAUAACAAUGCUCCAAAGACUGUUUUAAACGAUGAUAAAUCUUUUGAAGUCAAGCAUCCAUUGAAUACCAAAUGGACUUUAUGGUACACUAAGCCAGCUGUUGACAAGAGUGAAUCCUGGUCUGAUUUAUUGAGACCAGUUACUUCUUUCAACACUGUUGAAGAAUUUUGGGCUAUUGUUAAGAACAUUCCGGAACCUCAUGAUUUACCAUUGAAGUCUGAUUAUCAUGUUUUCAGAAAUGAUAUUAGACCAGAAUGGGAAGAUUCUGCAAAUGAGAAGGGUGGUAAAUGGUCAUACCAUAUUAGAAGCAAAAGUUCUGACAUUGAUGAAUUAUGGCUAAGAACUUUAUUAGCUGUCAUUGGUGAAACUAUUGACGAAGAAGACUCUCAAAUAAACGGUGUUGUUUUAUCCAUUAGAAAAGGUACUUCUAAGUUCGCUUUAUGGACUAAGUCUGAAGACCAAACUGAAGCUUUAACAAACAUUGGUGCAAGAUUCAAGCAAGUAUUAAAGUUAGGUGAAGAAGAUAAGAUUGAAUUCAUUCCACAUAGUAGUACUGGUAAAAAUGCUCAACCAACUUUAACUUUGUAA